UUCUUUAAAUAAUAGGGAUUAUCCAGAAUCUCGUAUUCGAUAAUCCUUCUUAAACACAUCAUCUAGCGGGUGGGUAGGUGCAGUUUAAUCCGGUAAAGUAAAGUACGGAAUUUAGACAUACUAAGAUACUCUUCAAAGGAGGCGAAUCAUUAUCCGGGAACUUUCCGAAACAGAGUGUCCUUCAAAAACGCACCGAAAAAGUUAAAAUAAAAAGAAUAAAAUAAUGCCAAAAAGUAAAACCAAGAAAAGGAGCGGGACAGAUGCGAAUGAGAAUAGGCCUAAACGCAGCAGACAAUCCCAAGGCGGUUUGGUGGAAACACCGGUUAACAGUGCCAGUCAGGGAGGCGGCGAUGUAGAAGCGCGGGAAUCACCAUUACAAGUGGGCCAGAUUCAGACAGGCAGCGCCAGAGGCAGACUGGCAACCCACACAGAUUCCAUCCCACCUGUGGAACAUCUAGAUAGUCUUGCACAGCUAUUAAUUUCUAAUUCAGUGGCUGCAUCUACCCGUAAAACCUAUGCAACAAGCAUUCAAAAGUUAUCCAACUUUAGAAAUAACUAUCAAUUACCAGACACUUGGCCAGUCCCUAUUAAAGAUUUACUUCUUUUUAUUGCUUAUUACGCCCAGCAAGGUCUGUCCGCCUCUUCAAUUUCUACUUAUAUGUCGGGAAUCGGUUAUGCCCAUAAAGUGGGUAGUCUAACAGACCCCACAAAAUCCUUCUUAGUGAUUAAGGCAAUUGAGGGCCUACGCCGCCUAAAAGGGAGGCAUGUUAAUGAUUUAAGGGCUCCUAUUACACUUACCUUACUUGAUAAAAUGAUUUACAGUCUAAAAUAUAUAUGUAGCAACAAAUAUGAACAAGUCAUGUUCACUGCAGCUUUCUCCUUGGCAUUCUUUGGUUUGCUAAGAGUCAGUGAGUUCACAGUACCCAGCACUAUAUCGUCUAACCAUAAACAGUUGUUAGUUAGUGAUGUUUCAUCUAUCUAA